CCUCAUUAUCACCGCGAAUUAAAAAAAUAAAACAUAAAUAUUAUAAUUAUAAUUUAAUUUCAGCUCCACUUCCCUCUGUAGCUCGGCAUCACGAAGCGCCACCGCCUUCUCCCAUUCCACAUCUACGACUGAGGAAGCUCGAGUCUAUCCAGGUUUCUUUAGAGCCAACUCGGCGGCAAUAAGAAGCAUUCGCCCUCUAAGUUGUCGCCAAGUACGUUUCAGCUGACGAAGACCAACCAUGGCAGGAGCUUGGAUUGCCACUUCAUCUUCCACGCACCGAAUGGCGCCGCUACCACAGACGGGGUGGACGGCUGUAGAGAAAAAGGAUCGAUCGGUGCGUGUACCCGGAGGACUAAUGCUGAACGCCCUCGCCGCCGUCAUCGAGUGCGGCGACGUGGCGGACCCGAUCAAAAUCCUUAAAGAGGCCCAUUCCAGGACUGCGAAGCCCGGGUCGUCAACCGCCUGCGGCCUGCAUAAUUACCCUGGCGCCGAGGGACGGGGAUUUGAGGUUCGCAAACGUGGUGUGAGGCGGAACGCGGUGGCGUACGAGUUGUCGAUCCAGCAGAGCCGAUUCAACUGCCCGUUUCAAUUUGUACCAAGCGUCUAAAUUGCGUUCAGCACCAUAAUUGCCUUUUCUUUAUUAUUCACAAAUAUAUAGCUAGUAACAAUCAUUACUUUUAACCACAACGCAGAACUUCAUAAAUCUGGCUUUGGAUA